GGGGGACCACAGCUCAUUGUUUCACUGACUGUGAUUUACAGCAGCAGGAGCAAAUGGCUCCCGCUGCUGUCUCAGCCAAUGAGGAGGAGAGUCCCCGGAGAGCUGAGACUCUUGUGCACAUUGGUGGAUCUCCAUGAGAUGCCCCUGGUACCUUUCAUAGGCUUUUAUGAGGGCGGACUGACCAUUUGGACACUCGGGCACUGCCCGAGGGCCUGGGGUCAGUAGGGGGCCCCAUGAGAUGCCCCUGGUACCUUUUUCAUAGGCUUUUUUGAGUUUGGGCAAGGACACAGGGGCCCCAUGAUCCCCUAUUGCCUGGGGGCCCCAUGA